AUGUUUCAGGCACCGAAGGCAUCUGAUAUUGACGACAAGAUGAAACCAGUGAAUCGGAAUAUCACAAAGUUGACUGAUUGUUGGGUAUGUCACAAGAAGCCAGGUUGUUCCAGCGAAUAUUGCUUCGUGAAUCCUGGAGAUGGCAGCUCCCACAUCCCACUCUCAUUUCCAUUGCUUGAUUGUUGGGCGUCGGCGAUGGAAAAAGGCCCUGAGUAUGCGACACUUGAAAUGCCUCCAAAUCAUUCCCACUUCAAUAUGGUACCAGCCAAGUUACUUGGUCAUCAAUCACUAUUAGCAGCCUGUCACCAACAACAACAAGCCAAUGAGCAAGUAAAUAAACUGGCAGAAACACCUGCCCCUGCAUCCAGUGGGCCUGUCGUCAAUGUCAAUUUCCCUCCCAAGCUGUUCCAAGCUAUUCGAGGCCUUUCCGAACCUAUGGCACCUCAGUUUACAAUGCCAAAUCUUGCCCCUGCUGUAUAUUCUGCUCUGUCGUUGCUAUCUCCUACACAACUUAAAAAACUCCUUGAACACGGCUUCAAUUCUUCACACUCUUUGUGCCAUGUGACCAUUGAUGACUUGCAGAAGGCUGGCCUGCUUUGUGGGGAACUCGCAGAACUGAAAGAUGCCAUCUCGCAAUGGUGUGGGGAGUAA